AUGACCGGCUGGCUCACGGUAGAGACAAGACGACCAGACACCUUUGUGCUUGUUCAUCAGGGAAAACUUACUUUGCUGGUUACCUUCGCUGUCCUGCCGGCGGACCUCCGAUACAUCUCGCCUUCAUCAUUUAUGGCCUUGUUGCUCUCCACCGUCAUCCCCCGUAAUGCCCACUACCGGGAUCCGCUUACUGUCGUCACCGCGGGUCCAUUGUUCAACGAUGCAGACAAGACGACGCAAUGA